AUGGAUAAUUCAGGAGAAAAUCCCACGAAGUCUGAUUUGUCAGCCCAAGAACAAUCCACCCGUGAAGCACAGACUACAACGAUCAGUCCGGAGAUUUCUGAUCACUCUCUCUCAAAGGAGGAUUUGGAAUUAGAUGCCGAUGUGUUGGAAGAUGUAUUAUUCUGUGUUGGCGAAAUGGGACUCUACCAGAAGCUAAUGUUUCUUGGAAUGUUGCCCUUUACAACAUUCUAUAUUUGGGUCUACUUGGUGCAAAUAUUUAUAACUGUUACGCCCGAGAAAUAUUGGUGUAAAAUCUCUGCAUUGGAUGCAUUGCCAAUGGAACUGAGGCGUAAUUUGUCUGCACCUGGAGCUGCAACAGGCAAGUGGGACAAAUGUCACACCUUCGACGCAGAUUGGAAUCAAGUAUUAAACACUUUGUCCCCACCACCACCUGGAACACGUCAGAUCCCGUGCCCAAAUGGGUGGGAAUUUGAAUUUUCAGAUAUACCAUAUGCGAGUGUGGUUGUUGAGAGAGGAUGGGUGUGCAGUCAAGCAGCUUAUGCGCCGGCCGCUCAGUCUUUAUUCUUCGUUGGAUCAUUGAUGGGCGGCCUACUGUUUGGAUGGAUCGCUGAUAACUUCGGCCGAAUUCCCGCAUUGGUUGUUCUAGAAUAUGUUGGACCUGGCCACCGCACCUGGGUGGCGAAUUUACCACUCGCUAUAUUCGGAGGUACCGCUGGCGUCUGUCUUCCAUGGAUAGCCUAUUUUGCCUCUGACUGGCGUCUUACACUAUGGCUCACUUCUCUACCUAUGUUUGGCGCCAUUAUUUCGCCAUGGGUCAUGCCAGAGAGCGUAAGGUGGCUAGUAAGCAGAGGCCGCAUCGAGGAGGCUGUGAAAGUUGUACGUAAGUUCGAGAGGGUCAAUAAAACUACAGUACCAGGAGAUGUUAUGGAUAAAUUUAUUACCAAUUCCAAGAAAAUGGGUUCGAAGAAAAUGGAGUCAUUUAUUAAUAUAUUCCGCAAUAAGUUAUUGCGCAGAACAAUGAUUUAUAUGAUAAUUGUAUAUGGCUCUGACGACGUUAUUUACGAUGCUUUGGUGCGACUUACUCAAGUAUUUGGCUUCGAUUUCUUCAUCACGUUUACAAUCAAUAUGGGUAUUGAGAUUCCGGCUGUUCUACUACUCACUGCGCUACUGGACAGAGUAGGCCGAAGACUCCUUACUGGUGGUACUCUUUUUAUGGGAGGAUUAGCGUUAUUUUUCGCAAUGCUGGUGUCCAAAGGAUUGUCGCGAGUAGCUCUAGGAGUAUUGGCAAGAUUUUUAAUAAAAAUAGCCUUCACAGUGUUGUGUCAGUGGGGCACGGAGAUAUUGCCUACGCCUUUCCGAGCCUCUGGAUCAGCGUUCCUUCAUAUGACUGGUUUCGCCGCAAGUCUGUUGUCACCAUUUAUUGUUUUCUCGGAAACAUUUUGGGAGCCCCUACCUCUACUUAUUGUGAGUACAUGGGCGAUAAUUACAGCAGGAAUUACUUUCCUGCUGCCUGAGACCAAAGGCCAAGAAAUGCCGCAAAGUGUGCGCGACUCGGAGAAGAUUAUCGUAACCCAAUCACUAAUGAAGCAACCUGAAAUGAAGGACUUUAAACAUUCACUAAGCAGGAUACUGAGCUCCACAAUAAGUGAUACUAUUCAUCGUGAUCCAUCCGGUCGGGUGAGCCGACUAAGACUACAUUGA